UCGGCCGCCGCAGUCGCACGGCAGAAACAUCUGGAAGCGGAUGUGCGCCGCUCCCAUUCGCUCCCACUCUUCGUCCGAGAAGGCUGUAGGCAUAUUUCACAAUGUACGUGAAAAAUGAGCCCGAUUGUGACUUUGACAUGACCAUGGAGAUGGUGACGGACAUGGAAACCUCCCUGAUGCGGGAGGAACUCUUCGGAAAUCACUGUAUCCCGUCUGAAGCCACUAUGACAUCACAGAACACCCCCCAGGUAAUUGGGGGGGGAAGGGAUACCGAAAGUACAGUGGAGGACCUCUUGUCACAAAUAGACUUUGCAUCGUGGCCUCUUCCAGAUGUGUCGGAAUCGAGCAGUGAUGACGACCUUAUUCACAAACUGUCUCAUGACCUUGAGCUUCCUCUUGCUCUUGAUGACUUUGAGCCAGUCUCCGCGUGGUCAUCGCACAGUCCUGGAGACAUAUUCCAGACAUUCACUAACCAAGAUAGUGUAACCUCCACCCUCAAGUCAGAGAAUGACUUUUCAGCAGAGGAACUGGCUCAAGCAUUGUAUCCAAAUUUGGUGGCUGGACAAGAAGCAGAAAAUGAAACGAUUUCAUCAGUACUCAUUGAAGACAAAAUUAUAAAGAAGGAGCCAUCUUCACCACAGCAUUUCCUACAGAUGCCACCAUCCCCUGAUGAUAGUCAUGACAUCUGGGAACUGCUCUGUGGUCCUGAUAUUAAACCCAAUGUCAAGGCUCUGGACACUCCACCUGUAACCCCACCACAAAGUGACGGAUCUCCCCCUCAUAGUCCCCAGCCUCUCUCGCCUGCAGGAUCGACUGCAACCACAGUAGUCCUCUCCCCUCCUCACCAGCACCAGAAGCAAGGCACAAAUGGCAUGACAGCAAAUCACAUGACGCAACCCAUCAAAGUUGUUACCAUAACGACGAGAAAUGGCACAGGUAAUCAAGGGGCAACCAAAGGGGGCCGCAUUACCAAAACCAUGAAAAUUCAACCCAAAAUUGUGACCACAAGUACAACACAACCUCAGGUUAUUAGCAUAGUAAAUUCCUCUUCAGGACCAAAGUUGACACUGCCAAAAACUGUUGGGACAAGGACCAUAAGCACGGGGGGAAGUACAAGGGUUGUCCAGCUGAAACCUCCUCCUCCUCAAGUGCAGUCUAGAGUAACUGCUGCCACACCUACAAUUCCUAGCCCAGUACCAUCCAUCCUUACAUCACAGAUAACCAACCAGCCCACAGUUCUUGGCACUCAGUCCUCUGUAGUGCCCCCAGCAGCCCCUACCACACCUCUGGCACCUCUCGCUCCUGCCCUUGCUCCAGGCAUGAAGCACAGCAACGUUCCAGAUCUGAAGGCACUUAAAAGACAACAGAGAAUGAUAAAAAACAGAGAAUCCGCCUGUCUAUCUCGUAAGAAGAAGAAAGAAUACGUCAUGGCACUUGAAGGAAACAUUACUGAGCUACAAAAUGAAAAUAAAAGAUUGAAAGAGGAUAAUAUCCGCUUGCAACAAAAGGUAUCAUCACUGGAGUCUGAGUGUGCGUCAUUGCGGCAUGCAUUGGGUCGCAGCCCAAGUAGGAAAACGACCACUGCUCUGUUUGCCAUAAUUUUCCUCUUAUCUCUGAACCUAGGUCCUUUGACGGGAAUUUUCCUAAGCAAUGAAUCAAGAUUGUCAUCUCUCAAGAGAAUGAUGCAAGGUGUAGAACCCUCAUCUCUAGGCACAGGCUUCAAGCACCGCUCACUCCUCUGGGCCGAUGAAAACCAGCCUUCGGCAGAGGAAGGCACAAUUCCGAACUUGAACACCAACACCUCGUCUAUGUGUCCCAUGUACAUCAAUGCAACAGAAAGUUUGAGGCUGGAGACUGAAUUACGAGGCUGGUUUGAGAACAAGAUGGACAAGAAGAAGAACAACAACCAGAGACCCCUAUUGUCACAUCCCAAGACGAGGGAAGGAAGGAACCGCCUGAACAAGCACAAAAACUUGGGAGAACCAAGCCAGAAACUCAGCAAGCAAGUUGGCAGUGAGGUCUGGAAUGCCUUAGUCCCACCCCAGCAACCUUCCAACAAACCAGCACCACUUUACCAUUAUGUUCAUUAUGUUGAGCCAUCUACUAGCACUGAAGAGGACACCUCAGUCAUGGCUACUGUCCCUCGUCUAACAUCAUUCCUUGAGGCUAUCCAGAGGCGUGAUGAUACAUAUUAUGUUGUAUCCUUCUCUCCUGACCACCUCCUCGUCCCUGCAACAGCACGAAAUGACUCAGCUCGCCCCAGGAUGUCCCUGCUAAUGCCAACACCCCAGUCUAUGAAUGACUCUCUAGCUCCUCCUCCCAAUAAUGUGGCUCUAAUGCAGAUCGACUGUGAAGUCAUGCAUACACGUCUAGUCCAUGUAGCACAGGAGCUGGUGCCACCCUACUUGCGCACAGACAGGAGCAAUACAUCACGAACAUCAUCAGAAGAAGCCACAACAGCCACCCCCAGGGAGAGACGAAACUCUCGGUCCAGGCCAAGACACACCCUGACAAAGCCUGCUUUCCCACACAAAUAGACCACGAGUUGGGUGCACAAUUAAGACAUUAAAAAAAAAAAAGAAGAGUUGUUGAACAACUCAUAAAAUCAUUUGUCGUGACAGAGGAAUUGAAUUUUUGUCCUUUUGCUAUUUAUUGUCAUGUCUGUUUUUCUACUUUUUUAUCUUUUUCUUCUUAAGUAUGACCAGUUUUGGUGCUUUAAUUAUCUGCUUCAGAAUUAUAUUUUUAUUUAUUAAUAUUGACAGCUGUACAAAAUUAUUUUAUAGAGAUCCCAUGAAAUAUAUAAUUGUUGUUCUUAAUUAAUAUUGAUAUAUUGAUAUUGACAUGUAUAUCCAAGAGCCCAGUGAUGUGAAAGUGUAGACUAAGGAUGUUACAGUGCUUUUGCAAGAAUAUUAUUUGGACCCAAGUGAGUUAAUCUCAAUCAUUCCAUGAUCUCAUACAAUUGUUCUUCAUUCCAUUUUUUUUCUUUCUUUCUUUUUUCAUUUCUUCCUAUUUCUUCCUCCCUAUUUCAUGUUGAAAUAAAUAAAGGAAUAAUCAAAGAAAGAAUCAGAUAUUGUACUGUGCUACCCUCAAGAGACAAGCAUCAAAAGAAGGCAACCCAUCGAUUCACAUGACAUUGUAAGAGAAGACUUAGGAUAUACAUUAGGAUGUGCUCAAUUAAAAGGUGUUGAGUUCUUUGUACAUAAAAUAAAGGAAUGCCCCUUUUUUGAGGAUUUUGUGUGCUGGUGUAGGGUUCAAGUCUAGGUUGUUUGAUAGGGUAUAGUACAAGAUGCAUAUUGUGGUUCCUUUUUUAUAUUUCAAAGUUAAAAGUUCCGUGACUUAUCAAUUUAUAUGCAUGUGUAUUCAAGCAUACACAUGUUGUGUACUGUUUACAUAUAUAUUGUAUUAUAGAACAUCCCAGAUUUUAAUCAUAUGUGAAGGAAAUACACAUUAGUUUAUCAAGAAUUAAGUAUAAGGAAGAGGUUUGUAGUUAAAAAACCACAUGGUUAUGUAGAUGCCUGGUCAAAAAGUACAGUUUCAUUUCCAAUGUAAAUAUGUAUUUAUUAAUUUUAUUUCAAGAUGUCGUAUGUCUAGUUUACUUUUGAUAUGGCUGUGAUUUUUUUGUUGUUGUUCACUUAUGAAUGUUAAGUGUUGUGGAAGUAUAUUAUGUUAAACAAGCAAACUGACUUGUUAGACUUGCAUCAUUUCAUCUUUUCCGUGCAAUAAUUUUGGUCCAGUGAAGUUUUGAAGCCAAACUUUUCUGUGUAUAUAGAGGAAAAAUGGUUGUAAAUUUGGUGUUGACUUCAGAACAUCAAAGAGUUUUCUCUUUCUAAAGUUGAAAGCAAUUAUUCCUUUUUUUUUAAGCUAGUCAAAAUUGGUCUACGUAACCAAUAUUGGUUCAUAAUUGUUCACUACGAAUAUUUCCUUUUUAGUUAUGAAUAGCCUUGUAAAUUUGAAUAUAUUUUUUUCAGCAAAAUUGAUGUCCUUAUCUUCAGUAUUGAUAAUAUAGAUCAUUUUUCUGAUUUGGGGUAAUUAUUGUGCAGGUACCAUGAAGUUUGCCCUUAGUUGCCACACUGUGUGUAAAUUUUCACAUAAGAAUACCAAUGUUAUUUUUAUUAUUGAUAGAUGCCCGAGUCUAUUAGGUUUAGUUAAUGGUGCCAGAAUGAUUUAGAUAUAAAUUAUUAUACAUUACUAUUUAGAAAUGUAUUGAUAGGAUAAGAAUAUUCAGUGAUAAGUGACCAAUGUGUGUCAGUCUAAUGCUUUUGCACUUUUAUAAUUUUCAUUCAUGUAUGAAUAAAAAGAUGAGUAUAA